UACUGUAAUGCAGCCCUAGACCUAUUGAAGAAUGUUGAAGUGGAAGCCAUAAUAGGUCCAAUAUCAUCCAUGCAAGCUGAUUUCCUAAUCAAUUUAGGAAAAAAAUCUCAAGUUCCCAUCAUCUCAUUUUCAGCUACAAGUCCGUCUCUUUCAUCCUACCGCAAUCCAUACUUCAUUCGCGCUACUCAAAACGAUUCCUCUCAAGUAAAACCCAUCACUUCAAUCAUCCAAUCUUUCGGAUGGAGACAAGUCGUACUUGUUUACGUAGACAAUCAAUUUGGAGAAGGAAUCAUACCUUAUUUAGCAGAUGAGUUGGAAAAAAUUAAUGUACAUAUCCCUUAUCGUAGUGUGAUUCCUGAAUCCGCUACUGAUGAUGAGAUAAAGUAUGAAUUGACGAAGUUGAUGAUUAUGCAAAGUAGAGUUUUUAUCGUGCAUAUGACGAGUACACUUGGUUCUAGACUUUUCGCAACAGCUAAGGAAAAUGGUAUGAUGAGUGAAGGAUAUGUUUGGAUUGUUACGGAUGCUAUGGCAAAUGGAUUGAAUUCUAUGGAUUCUUCGGUUAUUGAAUCGAUGGAAGGUGUUAUAGGGGUGAAACCAUAUGUGUUGAGGGAUAAAAGAGUUGAUGAUUUUACUAGUAGAUGGAAAAUGAAGUUUCGAAAAGAGAAUCCCACGAUGGUUAAUGUAGAAUUGGAUGUGUAUGGAUUGUGGGCUUAUGAUUCAGCUACUGCAUUAGCUAUGGCUGUGGAGAAAUCAAGAAUCAGUGGUGCCCCGUUUCGAAAACCAAAUGUUUCAGGAAAUGCAACAGAUCUUGAAGCUUUUGGAGUUUCCAGGGAUGGUCCAAAGCUUCUUCAAGCUGUGUUAAACACUACUUUCACUGGCCUUGGCGGAGACUUUCAAAUUGUCGAUGGACAACUGCAGUCUCCACCUUAUCAGAUGAUUAAUGUUGUUGGUAAUGGUAUUAAAGAAAUUGGUUUUUGGACAAAAGAAAAUGGAAUCGCUAAAAAACUGAAUUCGAGAAGUGGAUAUUCCAUCUCUAAGGAGAAUUUUGGAUCGAUAAUAUGGCCUGGUGACACUACUUCUGUUCCUAGAGGUUGGGUGAUACCGACAAAUGGGAAGAAACUGAAAAUCGGAGUUCCAGUGAAGGAUGGUUUCACCGAAUUUGUGAAAGUUACGAGAGACUUUAGUACUAACAAAACAACAGUUACGGGAUAUUGUAUUGAUGUUUUUGAUGCAGUGAUGGAAGCAUUACCGUAUUAUGUCCCUUAUGAAUAUGUUCCAUUUGCUGCUCCUGAUGGAAAGAGUGCUGGAGAUUAUAAUGCUUUGGUUUAUCAAGUAUUUCUUGGGAAAUUUGAUGUUGUUGUAGGGGACACUACAAUUGUAUCAAAUAGGUCGCAAUUCAUCGACUUCACAUUACCAUUUACAGAUUCUGGAGUCACAAUGAUGGUGCCAAUCAAAGACAAUAAUAGAGAUAAUGCAUGGGUAUUUUUGAAGCCGUUGACUUGGGAGCUCUGGUUAACAAGCUUCUGUUCUUUUGUUUUCAUUGGCUUUGUUAUUUGGUUACUCGAACAUCGAGUAAAUGAAGACUUCAGAGGACCUCCUUCGCAACAAGUUGGCAUGAUAUUUUGGUUCUCCUUCUCAACUAUGGUCUUUGCACAGAAGGAGAGGAUAGUAAGCAAUUUGGCUAGGUUUGUGCUGAUUAUAUGGUUCCUAGUUGUACUAAUAUUGACGCAAAGUUAUACAGCAAGUCUUACGUCAAUGUUAACAGUUCAAAAACUCCAGCCAACGAUUACAGAUGUAAAAGAACUUCUGAAUAACAAGGAAUAUGUGGGCUACCAAUCGGGUUCUUUUGUAUUAGGAAUUUUAAGAAAGAUGAACUUUGAUGAGGACAGGCUUAAGGAAUAUAAUACUCCAGAAGAAUGUGUUGAUUUACUCUCUAAAGGCAGUGCAAAUGGCGGUAUUGGUGCUGUUUUUGAUGAGAUUCCUUAUGUGAAGCUUUUCCUUGCAAAUUAUUGCUCGAAAUUUACCACGGUUGGACCUACGUACAAGACUGAUGGCUUUGGCUUUGCCUUCCCAAUAGGAUCUCCUCUAGUACCUGAUGUUUCAAGAGCAGUCUUGAAUGUGACAGAAGGUGAAAAGAUGGGACAAAUAGAGAGAGCAUGGUUUGGGGAAUCUACUUGUUCAGAUUCAAGUAGGUCGCUCUCCUCCAAUAGUCUUGGCCUAGAUAGCUUCUGGGGACUCUUUGUCAUCGCUGUAGUUGCUGCAGUUUUUGCUCUCCUCAUCUUUCUUACAAAAUUCAUUCAUGAGCAUUGGCACAUCAUAAGACGGCCUAAUCUUUCGUUCCCUGAAAGAACCAGAAUCUUGGCGAGUAAGUUCGAUGGAAAAGACUACAGUAGCCAUACUUUCAAGAAGAGUGAACUUAGAGAUGCAACGAAGGAUUCAGCUCGAGACAUAUAUUUUUCACAGAGUCCUCGUGGUAGCUUGUCAAUGCUACCUUCUCCACGAACGAAUGGACCACCAAGUCCAAGCAAUUCUAGUCAUACAGAGCAGAGUUUACAUUUUCCAGGGGAAGAAGGGGCUUCACCUUUGCGCAAUAAGGAUGUAGCUGUUCGUGCUCAAGUAGAAAUGGUUUAAGAUGCAGGCCAUUGAUCUACAUUGUUCUGCAACUUAAAAUAUGGUGUUGCCAUCUUUGAUUUGUAUAUUUGUGUAGAAAUGGUACAAUAUGGUUUUUAGCAUUAGUAAGCCUCUAACUUUACUCUUCCAUAGUAUUGAAUCACCCGUCCCAAAAUCGGUAGCUCCGCCACUGUAUAUAUGUGCCUGUGUUUGACUGUUUGUGCAUAGCUCAUUUCUAUUUUAAUAUAUACUACUAUCCUUAAAGCACCUUCUA